CGUUACAGAACAAGUAGCUGGACUUGUGUCUUCUUUGUGUUGCUGUUUUGUUUCUGUUUCCAUUUGUCUGCCUGCAAAUAAAUCAAAUAUUGAAUUUCAAAAAAACGUGUUUCAGGAAUGAAAUUGUGAACUUUUGCGAUCGUAUAUUCUUAUUUGAAGUUUAAGAUUUCUCCUUGUAUCAAUUCUAUUAAGAUUCUUUCUAAAUUAAGCAAGUGUCAGAUUAUAAGACAUCAUAACCUCCAGUGUUUGUUUGACUUAAUAUGUCAAGUCUUAUGGAAUGUCUGAAGUAAGAUUUUAAAUAAAAAAAAUUAAUUUUAUCGAAGAAGAAUAAAUUUUGUGAAUAUAAUAUAAUUAUGAAUACGAAAAAGGUUAUAACAUUUGGAAAGAUCAGUAAAGAUUUAUCUCGGGAACAAACGAAAAAUACAGAAUCUGUAAGUUCUGGAUUUGGUACGUUUGGUAAAAAGUCAUUGGAGACUAAUAUAACAAAAAUGAAUGAAAUCAAACCAGAAGACGAAGAAGAAUCUCAAAAUUUGAAAGAGGUUAUGGGCAUAACUGGCUUUGGUAAAAAGGCCAAAUCCUUUGACGUACAAGAAAUGUUGGAGCAUAUUACAAAAACUAUUAAUACUAACAAAGCGAUGUCUGAGAAAACAAAAGCUAUCGAUAAAGAGACUAAAAUACAAUUAUUAGAGGAAGCUAAAAGUAGCGAUGCUGCUGAUAAUGGAAAUACUAAUGAUAGCAAGGAUGAAGAGGAUGAUUUUAUUGGUCCUCCAAUACCUCAUGGGCUUGAGAAUUCAACAUUGUCAGAACGAUCUACAAAAGUAAAAGAUAAAGACGACGACGAUGAUGAAAGCGACGAAGAUGACAAUGAAUCUGAUACUGAAGAAGAAUUAAUGUUGAAAGACAAAGUUCCAUGUAGCCAUGAAGUUAUAAUGACUCAUGGAACAAAAGCAGUAACAGCUAUUGCAGCAGAUCCUUCUGGAGCAAGAUUAGCUUCAGGUUCUAUCGAUUAUGAUGUUUGUUUCUGGGAUUUUGCUGGUAUGGAUUCGUCUAUGAGAAGUUUCAGAACGCUACAACCUUGUGAAAAUCAUCCCAUUAAGUGUCUACAAUAUUCAAUGACUGGUGAUGUUAUAUUAGUCAUAUCAGGUUCUGCACAAGCAAAAGUUUUGGACAGAGAUGGUUUUGAAAAAUGCGAAACUGUGAAAGGUGAUCAAUAUAUAUCAGACAUGGCACGUACAAAAGGUCAUACAGCAGGAUUAAACAGUGGUUGUUGGCAUCCAUUUACAAAGGAAGAAUACCUUACUUGUUCACAAGAUAGUACUUGUAGAAUAUGGAUUUUAUAUAGACCACGUGCUCAUAAACAUUUAAUAAAGUGUAGAGCACAAAAUGGAGUUAAAACAAUACCAACUACAUGUAGCUAUAGCAGAGAAGGUACUGUAGUUGCCUGUGGUUGUAUAGAUGGUUCUAUACAGAUGUGGGAUCAUAGAAAAAAUUUUGUGAAUCCAUCGCUGAUUCAGAGGAAUGCACAUGCACAGGGUAGUGAGAUAUCAAGCUUAAGUUUCUCUUAUCUUGGACAAAUGCUUGCAACCAGAAGUUGCGACGAUACGUUGAAGCUUUGGGAUUUGAGAGCAUUUAAAACACCUGUCUUUGAAGCAAACAAUUUAUAUUCCAGAUAUGAUACGACUGAUUGCAUGUUUAAUCCUGAUGAUUCAAUUCUCAUUACAGGAGAAUCAUUGAAUAGGAAUCAAAAUACUGGUAGAAUACUAUUUUAUGAUACAAAAACCUUUGAUCUAAUUAAUGAAAUAAGCGUAACAAACUCGCAUGUUAUUAAAACAUUAUGGCAUCCAAAACUAAAUCAAAUAUUUGUUGGUUGUGGAAAUGGAAUAGUUAAAGUAUAUUACGAUUCUAAGAAGAGCUUAAGAGGAGCUAAAUUGUGCGUUGUAAAAACGCAUUUGAAACAAAAACACAUUGAAGUAAUGUCAACCCAACAGAUUAUUACACCACAUGCACUUCCAUUGUUCAGACAGGACAGGCCUAAAUCUGUUCGUAAACAAAUGGAAAAAGAUCGUUUGGAUCCUGUUAAAUCAAGAAGACCAGAUUUACCAAUUACUUCUGGGCAGGGUGGCAGAGUUGCAUCUUCUGGUGGAACGCUUAGCUCUUAUGUAAUUCGAAAUUUGGGACUUAGUAAGAGAAUAGAAGACGACCAAGAUCCUCGAGAGGCUAUUUUGAAAUAUGCAAAAGUAGCAGAAGAGAAUCCAUACUGGAUUGCCCCAGCGUAUAAGAAAACUCAACCACAAACAAUAUUCCAGUCAGAUGAGCAAGAUGGAGCGUCAAGUGCGAAAAAGCAGAAGACUUGAAGACUGUACAUUACUCUUCAGACAUGUUUAUAUUAUUGUAUAUAAUAUUCGAUGAAAACCAUCUAUGUAAAGUAUUAAUAAAUAAAAUACAUUACGUCUAAAACCAA